AUGGCUACCUUCAGAAUUGCGAGCGAAGUUGCAGAACUUCUCCCUUCCCUCCAGGUUGUAGUUGUGACGGCGAAAGGACUGGACAAUCGCACAGUCAAUCUAAACAUCCAUUCACGCGCCCAGGCCAUUGUGGAAAAGACAGUUGCCGAUUUUGCUAGCAAAAAUUACGCAAACGCCCAGUCACACCCACGGGUGGCACUAUACCGCAACACACUCAAGAAGGUUGCGAACGUGUCAUCCAAGAAAUAUCCCCAGUCCAACGAGUCCUUGUUAAAGCGCGUGCUAAAGGAAAAGAAGGCCGGUCGGCCUAUCUCCCCUGUUGUAGACUUCUAUAACAGCAUCAGCAUUGAGCAUGCCGUAACGGCUGGCGCAUUUGACCUCCCGGAGCUACGUGCUGCUAAUGCGCCACUGGAACUCCGUCUCGCCUGCCCUCAGGAAGAUAGCUUUGUUGCAUUAGAUGCUUCCGCUGAUACACAGCCAGGAAGUGUUGACAAGGGGGAGAUCUUGUAUGCCCAAGGAAAUAUUGUGUUGACCAGGCAUAUGGCGUGGCGGCAGAGCAAGCAUGCUCUUGUCACAGAGGAUAGCGACGAAGUCAUGUUCAUGAGCGAAGUGAUCAAUGCGGGAGGUGUUGGAGCUGAACCCACUGAUUUGUCUCGUGCAAUUGCAAAGUCAUUGCAAGAUGGUCUUCGCGACUUUUUCGGUGUCGAAAGCAGGGUUAUAUUUUUAGGCAGAGGUCUGGGCCAGCUGGAGGUUGAGCUGUAA